CUGAGCAGUCAGAGGGAGUGACACAUCUGUACUCAGUCCCUCCCUUCUCACCCAUCCUCACCUCACCCUCACGUGCUUGCAGGGAGUUAGGCAGAAGUGACCUCCGUGCUGCUGCCAAAGAGAAGCCUGUUGGGUUUGAAGGGGGAAAAAACUCAGCGAAGUCACAGCAUUAAAAUUACCUUGAAGAAGCUGAGUGGAAAAGAUGAAUGGGCCGGUGGAUGGCUUGUAUGACCGUUCUCUAAGUGAAGAAGGAGCCUUCAUGUUCACAUCGGAGUCUGUUGGAGAGGGACACCCAGAUAAGAUCUGCGACCAAAUCAGUGAUGCGGUGCUGGACGCCCAUCUCAAGCAGGACCCCAAUGCCAAGGUGGCCUGUGAGACGGUGUGCAAGACGGGCAUGGUGCUGCUGUGCGGGGAGAUCACCUCCACGGCCAUGGUGGACUACCAGCGGGUGGUGAGAGAUGCCAUCAAGCACAUCGGCUAUGACGACUCUGCCAAGGGCUUUGACUUCAAGACCUGCAAUGUACUGGUGGCGUUGGAGCAGCAAUCCCCGGACAUUGCCCAGUGUGUCCACCUAGACAGAAACGAAGAGGAUGUGGGUGCUGGAGACCAGGGUUUGAUGUUCGGCUAUGCCACCGAUGAGACAGAAGAGUGCAUGCCCCUAACCAUCAUCCUCGCUCACAAACUCAAUGCCCGGAUGGCAGAGCUGAGACGGUCGGGGGUCCUCCCCUGGCUAAGGCCUGACUCAAAGACUCAGGUGACAGUCCAGUACACACAGAACAAUGGCGCAGUCAUCCCCGUGCGCAUCCACACCAUCGUCAUCUCCGUGCAGCAUGACGAGGACAUAUCGCUGGAAGACAUGCGCAAGGCACUGAAGGAGCAGGUGAUUCGAGCCGUGGUGCCAGCCAAGUACCUGGAUGAAAAGACCAUUUACCACCUGCAGCCCAGCGGGCGAUUUGUCAUCGGCGGUCCCCAGGGGGACGCGGGCGUCACUGGCCGUAAGAUUAUUGUGGACACCUAUGGUGGCUGGGGAGCGCACGGAGGUGGUGCCUUCUCCGGGAAGGACUACACCAAGGUGGACCGCUCCGCAGCGUAUGCUGCCCGCUGGGUGGCCAAGUCCCUGGUGAAAGCAGGGCUCUGCCGGAGAGUGCUGGUGCAGGUUUCCUAUGCUAUUGGUGUGGCUGAGCCCCUGUCCAUUUCCCUCUUCACCUACGGAACCUCUAAGAAGACAGAGAGGGAGCUGCUAGAUGUGGUGAAUAAGAACUUCGACCUUCGGCCUGGUGUCAUUGUGAGGGAUCUGGACUUGAAGAGGCCCAUCUACCAGAAGACGGCGUGCUAUGGCCAUUUUGGAAGAAACGAGUUCCCGUGGGAAGUUCCCAAGAAGCUUGUGUUCUAGAGCUGGUGGGAGCUGGGCCAGCCAUGCCCUGGAGGCAGCUGGGUGGCCACCCUCCUCUUCUCCAGGAUCCCAACUCUCAGAUCUCCCCAACCCUGGAGGCUGACUGCCCUCGGGGAGUGCCUCCCCUCACUCUACCCACACCCCCUCCAGUCCUGUCUUCACCUAGUGGGGCAGGAGACAGAGGUCUCUGUGGUGCUAGGGGUCAGCAGGCCUCCUGAGGAUGGUCAUGAUGUUCCCCGCCCCCUCCCUCAGACCAAGGUGAUGUUAAUUUUGUGAAAAAUCCCCCCUUUCUGUCAAGAGUAAAUCCCCUCAGUCACCUCCCCCCUCAGCCUGGACCCUGACCAAUUCCUCUCUCCCUCCCCACCCCCAGAGUGCUUCUCCCUGGUCUCAGGGCUCCCUCUGGGCCCGCCCUUCACACCUGCACCCUGAGCCAGGCCUUUGCUCCCAGGCCAGCAUCUGACAGCGGCAAGAUCAUCGACAACGUGCAAGGCCCUGAGCUAAUUCCUGAUCCCAUUUCUUUUUCACUGCAGUGUGAUGAGGUAGCACCUCUUCUUAUCCCCACUUAUAAAUGGGGAGCUGAGGCUUGGACUACUGAGAUAUCUUUCGCAAGUUCCCACAGUCACACGUGUCAGGAUCUAGACAUGAGUCCAGGAGCUUGCACUCAUGAAGCUGUACCCCUCUUCUCAUGCCAGAAACAAACCUGAGCAAAGACAAAGCAGAUUGUGGCCUGUCCCGCAGACCUGAGGUUGCUGGGAAUUAGGGGAUUAACCCACUGGCUUGAGUUGGACCCUGGUGACCUUGAGCUGCAUGAUCAGGACAGUUCCAGAAGGCUCUUUUAUUUCAGAAGACCGUUGGGCUGGGCUGGUGUUUGGAAUUGAGAAGCAAUCACAUGACCCCAGCCCAUGAGCACGCAGGGCUUUGGUUUGGGGAACUCUGGGGUGAGUGGUUCAAAUCCAAAUCCAGUCCAGUUCUGGCUGGGCUUCCUGGAGAAGAAGCAGCUUGCCCUAACACAGGUGGCCAGUCCUCAAAACAAGGGACAUGUGCCCUUCAAGUCUUUCUCACCUUGUCCCUCUUGUGUCUCCCUGCAGUCUGAAUGCUGUUGGAAUAAUUGGGUAAACCCCUCAAUGCUCCUUUCAGAGAGGCCAUCCUCAGGCCUGACUAUUUAAUGUUAGAUAGUGACCCCAGUGGCAGGGCUUGAGUCCUGGUGGUGGGCAAGUUGACUGAGAUGUCAUAAGCAGAUGCUGCUUGGCAAAGCCACUUGGAGGCUCAUGGGGGAGAGGGGACGUGCAGAUCUAUUCCCAGGGGACCCGAAUGGUCCUUGCUUGGCACGCUAGUCUCUUGGAAACUGCAUCUUCACCUACUUUCUUUCUAUGACUGACAUGAGCUACCCCACCUGUCCUCAGCCUGGGCCGCUCACACAGCAUCUUUGCCUUCUCCCAGCUCCCUGGAUCUCAGGUUCAGGUAGGGGCUUCAAUGCACCCCAGGAAAACAGUGGGGGUUGCUCUUCUUCCCAGGGCAAAGGAUGCUAGUUCUGGCUGUGCCUAGGAGUUCAGGAAGUCUUGUCCGGGCAACAGUCAGCCUGCAUCUGGGCCCUAGGCCUGGAACAGAAAGAACCUAGGCUUUCUCUAUCAGGGGAAGGGCAGCUCCUCAGGGAGAGAAGGAGCCCACAUUCUCAUACAUAUGUGAUUUGGAAGCUUUGGUUUCUCCACGGGAUUCCCAGUUAGCCUGAAUGUCUCAGGGUCCUUUCAAGAGAGGGAGCCACAGAUUUGUAGGUGGCUGAGUUCCUCUAACUUGGGCCAUGUUUGAAAAGAAAAUUCAGAAUUUUAUAUUUUACCCACCCCCUGGACAUACAAGAUCAUUCUGGAUCAGUGUUGUUUAUAUGGAACUAGACCUUUGUUAAUAGUUUCUGCUAGGACCAUAAAUAAAAACUCACAGAA